AGUUGGCUUUAGUCGAGUGAGGGUGGCGGCGGUAGCAGGGAGGAGAGGAAGAGCGAGAGAGAGAGAGGGAGUGUGCGUGUGUGAGUGCGUGUGGAGAAGACGGAUAGACCGACCUCCUCCCUUCGCCUACCACCACACCAACGCCGAACCUUCCUUCCUUCCAUCUACCUCCACCAUUGCCAGUCUCCGCUUGCUCCUACCUCGCCCUGCUCAUCUUCCUCCCUCACCAAAUUUUAAACAUCCUACCUCCUGCUCCUCCGGUUACCUCACCUACCCCUGCUCCUGCUCAUCUUCCUCCCUCACCAAAUUAAACCUCCAAUCCACCCACAGGCAGUCUUCUUCCCCGCCUCCUCCUCUUCCUCCUCCUCCUCCUUAAUCCCGUUCUUCCUCCACGUCACUACCUCGUCCUCGUCCUCGUCUUGUUACCUCAUCCUCGUUCUCAAAAGUGGUCGCCGCGGAAUCAGUCGUUCGUGUCUCGUUCGGUACACACACACGAGACAAGGCCAGGAAAAAGAACGAGAAAGGUCUAUAUAGUGUGCGUGCGUGAGCGACCAUCCUGUGUGCGAGUGUGUGCGUGUGUGCGUGGCAGAAACACCCACCAAUACCACUGCAGCACCACGUCUCAGAGCGGCAGACGACGGUGGUGCUCCUCUUCCUUCCUCUUGGUCCUCGUCAUCACCACCAUCAACACCACCACUCACCAUGUCGUAGGCUAGAAGCACUCGCUACCCUCACAACCUCCUUAUUGGUGGUGUAGCAGUUGUAGCAGGAGUUUUAGUAGUGGUGGUGCAGAGUUGUCUUGUAGAACUGAGGCAGACUCCACUGGUUUUAUUUAUUUACUUUUUAUUUCUUUGGGGCGUCAAGUGGAGUGGUGGUGGAGGUGCGUCGUCGGGGCACUCACAACCGUCACUGGUGUUGCCCGUUGUGGUGGAGGUGGUGGAGAGGUGGCGUGGCGGCGGAGGUGGAGGCGGCGGUGAGGGCAGCAAGGUGGAGGUGGUGUGGAGGGGUUUGCUGCUCACGUGGUCAGCGGCGAGGCGACUCAGGAUGAAGGUGACCCGAGACGCGACCUCCAGGUACGGUGGUAAACGGUGUGGGAGUGGAGGCGGAGGGGGCCCAGCAGCAGCAGCAGCAGCGGCAGCGGCGGCAGCGGCGGGAGGAGCCACCCUGGGCGUGAGGCGGUCGCCCCGCUACGCCACACAGCAAUCGUCGGCCUCGGCUGCAGCGGCGGGCCGGCCACGCAGGCACCACAGCCGCCCGCUCCACGCCCACCACCACAACACCAAGCCCAAGGGCGUCAAGGGCAGCAGUGUGGGGAUCAGUGCCAGCAGCGGCACCACCAACAACGCCACACCCAAGGCUGACCAGAGCGGUGCCCCGGCAUUAGACACCAACCAGCAGCAGCAGCACGACACUGCUGCGGCGGCGGCGGCGGCCAGCAACCUCGCCACCAACAACGCCACCACCCCUGGUCGCAAUCACCACCACCACCACCACCACCACCAUCACCACCACCACCAUCACCACAACCACGACAUACCUCCACCCUACUCUACUCGAUCCUCUGCUGCUGCUGCUGCAGCUGCUGCUGCGGCUGCUGCUCACCACCACAAUCACCACCAUAACCACCACCACCACCACCACCACCCCAACCAGCGCCACAGCUCCCGAGGACCCCGACGCAACCGGAUGAGUAUGGGGCAAAAAGUUACAGGUGGGAUGAAGUCUGUGGGUCGGGGUGAGGGGGGCUCCUUGCAGCCCCGCCUCACCCGGGAGCUGGCGAUGUCCCCAGACUACACACGCCCCAAGCGGUUAGACCUGCUGCUGGACAUGCCACCUGUGCCACGCGAGGCAUCCCUCAAGCAUGCCUGGAAUGCUGAAGACCGAUCUUUAAAUAUCUUUGUGAAGGAGGAUGACAAGAUGACCUUCCACCGGCACCCAGUAGCCCAAAGCACCGACUGCAUCCGGGGGCGCGUUGGCUACACCCGGGGCCUCCACGUGUGGGAGAUCCACUGGUCCACCCGGCAACGCGGGACACAUGCAGUGGUGGGCGUGGCCACUGACGAGGCGCCACUCCACUCUCAGGGCUACCAGAGUCUGGUGGGCAGCAACGAUCAAUCAUGGGGCUGGGAUUUAGGACGAAAUAAAUUAUAUCAUAAUGCAAAGCAAGGAAACUCCGGCAUUACAUAUCCUUCACUACUGAAUAAUGAUGAAACCUUUGUGGUACCAGACAAAUUUUUCGUUGUCCUUGACAUGGAUGAGGGCACAUUGGCAUUUGUGGUGGAAGGCCAGUACUUGGGGGUGGCAUUUCGGGGGCUCAAGGGCAAGAAGCUGUACCCCAUCGUGUCAGCUGUCUGGGGUCACUGUGAAAUCACCAUCAGAUAUAUUGGAGGACUUGACCCUGAGCCAUUACCGUUGAUGGACUUGUGCCGACGUGUGAUCAGGCAGGCAGUGGGGAAGCCUCGGCUGGCCCGGCUCGAGGAACUUAACCUGCCGCCCUCCAUCACCCAGUACCUCCUGUACCAUGAUCGCAGGUGAUAGUGUGGGGCGGCCAGCCAGCCAGCGGUCCUUCAUCACCCAGUACCUCCUGUACCACAACCACAGGUGAUGUGUGAGGCGGACAGCGGUCCUCAGGUCCCUCCUGCGGUGACGCUCCAUGCCGGCCCCCUGCCCCCACCCUGCCCCAGCCUGGUCCCAGGGGGGUUGCCCUGCAGUGCACUGGGGUACACCAGCUCCACCUCCACAGUAUCAGUUGUUUGAUAAUCAAAACAUUCUCUCUAUGGAGGUGUUUUACUGAUGGAAUUAUGUGUGCCAUAUGGCAUGUUUAGUUAAUCAGCAUAAUUUUAUGCUCUUGUUCGUUUCAUUACUGAAUAUUAGAUUUUGAACCAAUGUAGGCAAUUUCAUUUAGAUGGCCAAAAUCAGAGGUCAGUGCAGUGUACUGCUGCUAGCAGCAGUCAGUGCAUACAUGGGACUCUUAGAUAUACGUUUGUGUCUGUGUGUUAGUGUGGCCACCAGCCAUUGUGAUAGACCAGGUCAGACCGGCGUGCCGCCCUCUUCUCAGGGACCGACCGCCGGACACAAGAGGCAGUGGACAGGGGCAGCUUGCAUGUCCAGCACAAACUUUGCACCAAGUUCAAGGACAAUCAGUGGUCAGAAAAAAGUGAAGUAGCAGCACAUGGAAGUGUACUUGAAACAAUACAUUUUCUGUUCAGACUAAGUGUGAUGACAGAGGCAAAAUGCAAAGUGAGAUAAAUGUGUUGUGGUGGAUGGCAUCUGUUUGAUGAGAAAAGCAACUGAUAAGGCUUUCCCUGCAGCAGUAGCAGCUGGCCUCCUGUCCCUCACCCCAGUGUGGCAGGCUGAAGGGUGAAUCGUAAAGUCUUGCCCCUAGUCCUUACUCUAAAGGCUCUGCCAUGGAUGCUUCACUGUUUUUAUGUAUUUUUACAGAGCUAUUUGAGGUGAAAAGUAAAAUUGAAACAUUACUACCUUGUCCACUACCAGACAAUGAGGCACUCCCUUCUCUUGGGGCCAAGUGGCUCCUGCCACAACCCAGGAUUGACUUGCUUCAGUGCCAGUUAUCUCAUUCAUUUCCAUCAUUGUACUAUAUGCUUAAGUAUUUUUAAAGUGCCAUUUGCAGUAAGACUAUGGUAGGACUGGCAAGGGCUCAACUCACCAGCAUGUCAUGGCAUCAAGAUCUACUGUUCUAGUGUGUUCUUAUACUCCAACAUCUCACCUAGUACGCAGCAUCUUUGUACAAAAAUAUUAAAUAUUAAUACAG